ACUAAAGUAUCUACAAGAUGCGUCUUAAUCUGCUGUCCAUUAUUGGUAUUUUGUGCCUGGCCUAUUCCUUCGCCCUGAGUGAUAAUGGUGCCAAUCUGGAGGAUCUGCUGGGUGUGGCCCAUCAUGAAGGAAAUCAUGCUGAAGAAGGAGUGCGCCAGACUCGCGGUGGGCAUGGCAAUUACGGACACGGCAACUACGGACAUGGCAGCUACGGACAUGGUGGCCAUGGUGGUCAUCAUGGUGGACAUGGACACUAUGGUCGCUAA